CAAUGCAUGGCCACUGUUCUAUUUUAAAGCUUUGGCCCUUUCAGGUUGUGAGCAUUUUGCGCUAGUAGCCUGCUAACUAGUGCUAAGCUGCUGACAUGGCUGCUUGUUUGGUCGUUUUUCUCUUGGUUUUAGUCGGCCCUGGGGCUAGCGCUAGCUGCAUUGGUUUGGGUUCAAGAUUGGUCGCUCGUGAUCAAAAUGAAGCAUGGGUUUCAGAUAAUGGCACUUUUGCCUUUGGUUUCGCUUCAGCGGCUACUGCUCGUGACAAAUUCCAAGUGGCAAUCUGGUUCGUAGAUCUUCCUGGUGAUCGAACCUUGGUCUGGUCAGCUAACAGAAAUCCUCAAUCGCAUCCCUUGGGAUUUUCUUCAAACCUCGUCAGAAACUCUCUGGUCACCAAAAACGCAUUCCUGGAGCUGGACACCACAGGCAACCUAGUCCUAAUAGACGGGGACAGAACAGUCUGGAUGUCAAACACCUCCGACGCAGGCGUUACAUCAGCAAGCAUGGAAGAAACUGGCAACUUCAUCCUCCACUCUAACUCCAACCACUCAGCAUGGCAAAGUUUUGAACACCCUUCUGAUACUAUUUUAAUUCAUUAUUAA